CCGAGCAGGGUAAACAGACGGAUUUAAGCUUCCUUCGUGUAAUAUUACUGGGGAGUGGUUCGCUGUCAGGUUCUGUAAGGACGAAUGUUGCUUCUCUGUUCAGUAAUAGAUUAGUGGCACGGUCUGUGUGGCACAACAGAGCUUUAGUUAACAUUUAAAGAGCUAACACCGAGCUAAGUUAAGCAUGAAACGUGCUCUCUAAGCGCACACACGUGAAAACUACUGACAGCGGUGUCGGCAGGUUUCAGCCCUCGACACCAUGUCUGCUCAACACAAAGUUCAACAGAACUGAUGAAAGAAUGAUGACAAGCUACUGGACACAUCUGUAACGACAGUGUGACCUGUGUAUGUCAUGUUGCCUUAGUGAUGUGGGCUAACGUUAGCUUACUCACUUUGCUAACUCACACAGCGUUGUGGUGACAGGUUUCAGUGGUUUAGCCUCCCGUGAGUCAAGGGAGGCAUGAGCACUCUACGGACACCACCUCCUCCUCCAAGACCUGAUAUCUUGGUGUGAUUUCAUCCUGUGUUGUUGUGAAGAAGGAAGAGAAACGGCCUCCAUCAUCCUCAAGACCCCGCGACCCAGCCUCCGUGUCGUAUCAGCCUCCCAGGCGUGACUGUAGGCUUGUGAUCCACUUUCCCUCAGGAAGAAAUCCAAGUGUGCCUGCCUGUCUGAGCCUCACCUGAGGGCUUAUAAGACUGAACAGCUACCUGAAGCUAACACUGUCCACUCUGACAGAUGCUAGGAUCAAAUGUUGCACUGCUGUCGCUGCAGCUUUGAUGGCAGUUAUGUUUACUUUUGUUCAGGGUCCAACAAGAACUUUGACCAACAUAACAUUUUCAGCUCUGCUCAACUGGAGCUGACAUCUCAGAAACACAUUCCCAGAGAAGGCCACUUGUCGAGUGGGGAACUACAAGGACAAAAACAGGAGAACCCUCCCCCACCUCAGGCUUUGUUUUGGUCUCAGCUGUUAACUCCUAGCCUGCCCGUCGAUCUCCACCCAAGACCUCUGUCCUCUUGAAGUAACCAAUUCUUCGUUGGGUGGUGCCAUGCCCACCAACCAGUCCUCCCCCUGGGAUGGGGGGAAGCUUCGGACUGGCUCCAGCGCAGACAGUCCCCCCACUACGACCUCUGUCAGUACACAAGCCAACAGCGUUCUGGCAACUAAAGUGCCUUUUAGUCAGACUUCUUUAGAGCUAUCCAGGAGAAAGGACCAAGCCAAACCUCCUUCCUCUAAUGUUGCCUCAUCUUCGCCCCCCUUAAGGCAGACAACAGUGGCCCCAUCUGCAGCUUCUGUGUGGGAGAAUGGGGACCGAAAUAAAACCAACACCCAAAGCCAAUUCACUGCUGUGCCAGAUGGGUCUCCAGACCUGCCACAAACAGUUAAUGGGAUUCAAAGGCCAAACCAGGUACUGGCAGCAGGGCUGAAGCCGGCCGGUAGCAUCCUCGCAGAGACCAGUGCCCCUUCCUCCAUUGCCAAGAACGAUUGCCAGACAGGAUUUAAUGGCCUGCUGACUGGCACUGUGCAGAAAUGUUUGUUGCUCCAAACCUCUCAACAUGGAAACGGUUUACAAAUGAGCAAACAUCAGGCUGCCACUGGUGACGCACCAUUGGGAUUGAAGGCUCUGUUGUCGGUUUGUUAUCAAGACCUGUUAAUCAGAGGACGGCCCUCUCUGCAGCACACUGACAAGUCAAUGCUUGAAACUGCAGACUGUUCCUCUCUGCCACCAGUGCCUCCUAUAUGCCUUACUCUUUGUGAACAUCAGGGGGCAGCAGGGGGAAAGGAUGCCUCCAGCUGUGGCAGCACCAAAGUGGAGAUAAGAAGCACAACAAAGGAAAUGACAACAACUACAAGGAGGAGCCAUUCAGCUAAACUGGCCACAAAAUGCAGUCAGACACUCAACAGCUGCGCAACAACCACUGCUUUAGACAAUCAGCUGCUGGUCAGAGGUGGUCCUCCAGCAGUAAAUAAGCCAAUUCAGUGUCCACCAGGAAACACCUUGUCCACAUGCAGAAGAAGCAGUCCUCCAGUAGCCAGUCCUUUGCCAAACGGCCGCACGCCAAGUGUAUUAAGUGCCAGUGGCAGUGCCACGCAGGAGAAGCAGCCCACACUGCCAGAUGACAUCACAGAUGUGGCCUGCUGUCCUUCCGGAGCCUUGGUGGGCUCUGUGACCACUCAGAUCUCCACAAUCCACCUGACCAGGCAGGGAUCUUCAUCUCCAUUCCCUCUCUCACCCUCCCCAAUAGAAGAAUGUGUGGCUGGAGAGAAUCAGCUGUCUGGCCAGGAGUGUGUUAUGCAGGUGGAUGGUGUUGAGGAGGAGCUACCUGAUGAGCUGGAAAAUGCCUGUAGUGACGACAAUGACUCCGACUGUUCGUCCUCAUCCACAGCAUCCAUUGCUCUGCUCUCUAGUGUUGAGGAGCCGAUGUUACUGGGGGCUGAAGAUGAUCGAGAGGAGAGACCAGCUUUAGUUCCCAGUCUGUUCCCCCUCAUCCCUCCAACACUCUACUUCAGCACCGCCAGUGAGAAAGUGGAACUGCUGCCUGCAGAACAAAGACGACUGUUAAAGUGGAAGAUGAGCACCGUCACGCCAAAUGUUGUCAAACACACCAUCGCCAGGUCACACUUCAAAGUCACCAAGAAGAGCCAUGACUGGUUGGGCUGCUGGGGACACCACAUGAAGUCUCCUGGCUUCAAGGCCAUCGGAGAACACCAGAAGUUGAACCACUUCCCAGGAACCUUUCAGAUUGGCAGAAAGGACCGGUUGUGGAGGAAUCUGUCAAAGAUGCAGGCUCGCUUUGGCAAACAAGAGUUCAGCUUUUUCCCUCGGACCUUCGUCCUGCCCCAGGACAUCAAGCUGCUGCGCAAGGCCUGGGAAGACAGUGGCUCCAGGCAGAAAUGGAUCAUCAAACCUCCUGCUUCAGCAAGAGGAAUAGGAAUCCAGGUCAUACACAAGUGGAGCCAGAUGCCCCGCAAAAGACCCCUACUGGUCCAGAAGUACCUGCACAAGCCCUACCUCAUCAGUGGUAACAAGUUUGACCUGCGGAUCUAUGUCUACGUGACAUCCUACGACCCGCUCCGAAUUUACAUCUUCUCCGAUGGACUAGUUCGAUUUGCCAGCUGCAAGUAUUCGUCUUCCAUGAAGACUCUGAGUAACAAGUUUAUGCACCUGACCAACUACAGCGUCAACAAGAAAAACUCUGAGUACCAGACCAACAGCGACGAUAAAGCCUGCCAGGGACACAAAUGGGCUUUGAAGGCCUUGUGGCAGUAUCUUGGUGCUAGAGGGGUCAACACCACUCUGAUCUGGGAGAAGAUUAAAGACAUUGUGAUCAAAACCAUCAUUGCCUCCGAACCGUACGUCAACAGCUUGCUGAAGAUGAACCUUAAGACGCCUUACAGCUGCCACGAGCUGUUCGGCUUUGACAUCAUGUUGGAUGAGAAGCUCAAACCCUGGAUCCUGGAGGUCAACAUAUCACCAAGCCUCCAUUCCAACACAGCGCUGGAUGUUUCCAUCAAAGGUCAGAUGAUCAGAGACCUCCUGAACCUUGCUGGCUUCCGUAUUCCCCAAAAAGAAGAUGUGAUCGCCCCCUGCAGUAGUGCCUCCAGCUCCACCAGCAGUCUGUGUGGGGGGAGCAGGGAGAGGACUAAGCCAGAUCUGUCUGCUGAUGAGAAGGUGAAACGGGCCUUUUACCUCACACAACGCUACGCCGACCAGGACUUCCUCUCCACAGUGUUGGACGUCUUGACUCCAGAGGACGUUCGCGUGCUUGCAGAGAGCGAAGACGAGCUGACUCGUCUCGGACAGUUUGAGCGAGUUUUCCCGUCACCUUCAUCGUCUCGCUACCUUCGCUUCUUUGAGUGUUCGAGAUACCUCAACAUCCUGCUGGACCAGUGGGAGCAGAAGCACUGGAACAACAGGACGAAAGGUAUCAGUCUGCUGAAGUCUCUCUGUCAGAAAGGAGUCCACCUGGGAACCAGUGACCCCGCUCACAUGUGGUCCAAGUGUAACUACAUCUCUACGUUUGAAGCCCACAGACGAGACCUGGUCAGCCCAUCCAGAUCAAGGGUGGUGGUCAGCCUGCAGCACCGCUCCCAUCAUGACAACGACGACAGCUCAGACAGGGAGGUGGCCUCGGUCUCCAGCCUGCCUGUUUCACCAAGUCCCGGAUCCAGUGUCGCCAGCAGUGCCUGUACAAGCCCUCAGCCCAGCCUCUCUCAGAACCUGCUGCCCCAACAGUUUGCCUCACUCUGACACCAGUUUGCUAACGUGACGUUCAGUACCCACAAGAGACACACAACUCAGGGUCCUCAACUUGCCCCCAACACCCCCGUAUUGAUCUUUCAUGUCUAGAUGAAUGAGUACUGUACUGACAACUGAAAGCUUGGAGCACAGUCUUAACACUCACUGUAGAGGGGAGUGGAUUUUGGAUUUUAACAGAAUUGUAUUAGCCUGUUAGAAGGAAGAAGUACAUUGACUAUAUACUGAUGGGACCUUUGCAAAAAUGUAGGAUCUCUUUGAAUUAUGAAUAUUUCUGUGUUGAGAAAACAUCUGGUCUUGAGGUAAACCUCCAUUACUGCGACACCAGUGAAAAUCUAACCCUCAAACCGCCAUACAAGUACUUUCCUUGUUUUAACAUACACCAUGUUUAGUUAGAAGGUACUCUUCACUUCUGAGAAGACAGGGAUUAUUAUUAUUCAAGACAUUCAAGACAUGACAGGUGUGACAUUUGUUUCAGCAUGUGUGAGGAGAUGAGUAUUUCCUUAAUCUCAACAUUAUUAGCAUGUGAACGUGCUCAUUAAUGUCGUAUUUAAAACUGAUGACAGGACUGCAUGAAGAAGCUCUGACAACAGUGGAAGCAUAUUGGUUUUAAUUGGACGUCAGAAAAUGACACAGGCUUCUGGCAAAAACCUUUAAAAGGUAUUUGACUGGCCAGUCAAGUCUGAGCUCAGUCCAGGCCUGCUGGGCUCUCAACAACAAGACCUGUGUUAUUCUGCUGUUCACCUUGUGGUUGUCCUGACAGAGAACACAGUGAUCGUCCCAUGUGCUCAUAUCGUUAUAAUCCACUGUGUAGUGUUUGCCUUCAGACAAGUCUUAAAACCCAUGGAUGUAUGAAUGUUACAUCUUCUGCUUACUGGCACCUGUAGUCACCAACCCACAGCAAACACACAACUCUGUGCUCUUUACUUGUGAAUGAGACCCUCAGAUCCUAGCUGACUCCACUGUUGGUCCUCAAACUUAAACUGUGAAGAAGAAGAUUGGCUUUGUCACAUGUUACAGCACAUUGUAUUUUAUGAGCACAAAUUGGCGAAAAAAGAAAUGGGCAACACUUCCUUAAAGAACAAGAGGCUCAAAGUUGGUGAUAACAGACAAAUCACAGUUUUGUGUCAUUGUUUGACUUGAAUCUGAGACUGUUGUUGGUUUGGUGUUCAGAGGUUGAGCAACUGAUUGCACAAGUGUUACAUUCCUCACCUUAUAGCGUCAAACUUGGUCUACAUGUUUGUGUGUAAAUGGAGAGAAGGAGAACUACUUUAGAGAAUGGAGUGAAGAACAAAGGGCUCUGAUUGGACAAAAGAAGGGAGUGAUGGUGAGGAAGAGGAGCUGCAGAAGUAUAAUCCUGACUUCACCAGGCUUUGUGUGAUGUGUUGAGAUCGCUGCAGCUUCAAAAGUGUUAACAGUGUACAAUGUACAAUAAUACAACAUUUUGAUGAAUGAUGUUGACUCACAGUAUGUUAGAGAUACUUGAAGGUGAAACUGUGAUCACCCAGAUUAACAUGCAUGUUUGUGGACAAAAAACUAAUGUUAUAACAAUAUAAGAAGGGCUUUAGUUUUUGAGUGAUGAUAGAUAUGAUAGUAUAUAGAAUUUAUUGAAAGUUGCCAAAUGUAAAUCAGACACCAGAAUUUAACCCUGCAGACCUCAACAGUGUAUGUUGAUUAACACAGACAUCAGUUCUUUUAAAGUUCCACUUAAACUCCUGAACACUGUGAGGUGAGCGGGUGCUGGCCCAGGGUUCAGUGUUGAUGAGGGGAACCAGUUUGAAAUUUCUUCUGUAUCCUCAGGAAAAUAAAAAGUAUUUUAUUUCAAAAAAGCUUCAUCUACUGUGAGGACAUUUUCAGAAAAGUAACAUAAAACUACUUGAAGUUGACAAUGUUAAAUUCAUCAUCUGUAAGGCAGUGCUGGUUGUAGAUGAGAGAGCCACAGCUGUCUGUGUUAUAACACGUGGACAUUAUUUGAAAAGUGUAUUUUUUUUUUUCUUUCAUUCCUCCUGUGAAUAGUAAAAAGCUGAGGUGUGGAAGCUAA